AAGCGUCAGCAACAGUCAGUCAGGAGGGGUGAAGGAAGGAGAUGGCCGACUAGGAGGAAUCUUACCCCUGUGACUUCGUCUGCGAGACUCAUUUGUAUAACGCAUCUGUGCAGCGGAAGUGCGAGGGGGACAUUUUUAAUACUUCGCUCCUCAUCCACAAUGGCAGAACCAAACAGCAACGUGAGAUAUCAGGAGCUGGUUAAUGAGGAGGACGCAGCUCAGCCAUCCCAGGAUGGUCCUGCCCAGGAUGCACCACCACCCUACAGCAGCAUCGCUGCAGCAAAUGCAGCUUUCUUCGAAUAUAAAGAAGAUGGAGGCCGAUUCCCCAAUCCUCCAUCUUACAGUGUUGCCACCACUCUGCCCUCCUAUGACGAGGCUGAGAGGAGCAAAGCAGAGGCUGCCAUCCCUCUGGUCCCUGGAAGAGUCACGGAGGAUGACUUUGUCACGAGAGAUGACUUUGAAGAUGCUGAUCAGCUGCGGAUAGGAAACGACGGCAUCUUCAUGCUCACAUUCUUCAUGGCAUUCCUCUUCAACUGGAUUGGCUUCUUCUUGUCGUUCUGUUUGACCACUUCGGCCGCUGGUCGAUACGGGGCCAUCUCUGGCUUUGGCCUGUCCCUAAUUAAAUGGGUUCUCAUUGUCAGGUUCUCUACCUACUUUCCUGGUUACUUUGAUGGGCAGUACUGGCUGUGGUGGGUGUUCCUGGCCCUGGGCUUCAUGCUGUUCAUCAGAGGCUUUGUUAACUACUCCAGAGUGCGUAAGUUGGCUGAUCCCACCUAUGCCACUCUCCCCCGAACAAGGGUGCUCUUCAUCUAUUAGAGGAUGCUGGAUGUGGAACAACUGGAUACGACCAAGUCUCUGAAGAGGUUAAAAUUAAAUUAAAGACCCUUAACGAGAAAUAAGCCAGACGAGUUCUAGAUGAAGACACCUCCCAAUAAAAUAUUCAGGAACUAUAUCACCCAUUUUUCUUUUGUUUGGGAACUUGAUUAAUGAGAAAUUGUUAACAGUAAUAGUCCCUCAGUGUACUCAUUAGUAGCAAAUGUUAAGUGCUAUUUACAUUUCUGUCUGUAUGGUAUAAGUAAUGCCUUAUAUAAUUUGAUGGUAGCGUACAAGCAUGCAUCCGCCCUUAAGGUCAAUGAAUAGGGAAAGUCUCCUGUUGGUCUACACAUUGUAGACUUGCCAUAGCAUGCAACAUACUUCGUAAUCUGCACUAAUCUGACUUUAUGGUUUUAUUGUGAAUAUUCUAGAUUGUUUUAGAAACCGCACACACACAUACACUUAAAGCUUUAGUUAAGCUGUAAAUGCCAGUAUAUGCAUUACCACUGCUUUCACUCGCCCAUUUGGCUUUAAAUGGUGUUUCUGUUCUGUACCAGGAGAGGGCAGUGUUAUCUGUUGCUUUUCAGUCAUUAGAAACUGGUCAUUAAGGGCAUUGUCAUAACAAAGCGUGCUAGGAUGUGAUCAAAAUGCAGUAUAGCCUUUGCAUCCUUGUCAGAUUUAGAUUUUUUCCUGGUUGAUUUUUUUCUUUUAGGUUUUUUUGGUGGGUAAAACUACACUGGAAGUCUAGUUGAAGUUAAAGAUAUGAUCUUGGAUGGUGCUGCACUGUUUAAUUAAACACCAAGCAGCGGCCAUCAACCAGAUGGCCACAAAUGUCAAGUGACAAACCCCCAGAGCAGCUCGGUUCACGGUGAGGGGACGCGGAAUCUUUGGACGGUGACAGCAGCGAUUUCACGGGUGUUUGAGCACGUUUUCUGGUUCGCGUCCUGAAAAUGCUAAUUGAAAUCUAGCGGGGUGGCUUUUUCAUGACCCCUGAGUGAAUCAGUGGAGUUGGCGUCAUGUUCACUAGAGUCUUAACUUUCUGGGUUUGUCUUUUAACAUUGGAUCAACUUCUCUGAGAGCAUGGAAAUAACUUCUGUGUGGGUUUUGCCUUAAGACUGAAUUGACACCUGGAAAAUGGAAAAGUAUUUUUUUUUCUUCUUUAUAAAAUAUAGCGAUCGACUAUAUCAAAGAAUGUUCUUUGCAGGUGCACUUUUAGAAUCGAAACCCCAAAAACCCAGAUGUUCACAUCACCAAUUAAACGGAUAAAACAAGGAAUGAGUUUGUUUCAGUUUUCCAAUGUAAAGUCAACAUACUGCAGAUUUCACCAUCCAAUCACAGUCCUAAAUGGAACGAGUUAAUAUGAAUGUUAAUGUGGUCCAGCAAACUCAGUUAACCACAUCCUUCAUCGUGGCUUUGAUACAGACCCAUUGUGCUUGUUUCUGUGAUGUAGAGCUGAAACCUUGGGGUUUUGUUGUUAUGAAACUGUACAGAAGUUGUUUAGUGUUAAAUAAAUGUCACCUUUAAUGCGUCA